GGGACGGAGAGGAUUUGCUUAUAUUUCCAUGUGUUAAGCCGUCAUAAAAUAGUUCGAGCUGUCACUUUGUUAAACGACCGCGGUACGAUAAGCGGAUGGUGGAAAUACAAUAGCUAGUCGUAGGCAGCCAGGAUUGCAAACAGGGCUACACACUACAUUUUGACAGAGACAAGUACUUGUGGUUUUUGGCAAUUUUCUUUCCAGACUGUUGCUGUCUCUAUCCCUUUCUUUGCUUUUAACAUGAUACUAUUGCGCGCGAUAUUGUGGAAAUCUCUUAACAAGGGACAAGGUUAUGAUGAUGGAAUUUUUUGACCACAUGCGGGUCCUUGCCGAUAAGCUUCACGAUCGCACUCGUAUCUCUCUGCCUCAUUCUCACGAUUCGAACUCCGAUAACAAUUUGGAGGGAGAACUUGACGAACUUAUAAAGUAUCUAUCGACAAUCCACGCCCGUUUUCUCGAUGUUCAGGGCACUUCGGGGCAGAAUGGGGAUCCUCGUUCGUCUGGGGAACUUAUUAGAAUCUUGAUCAGCGUUCAUGCAAAUCUCCAAGCUACAUUGCAGUCGAUAGAGGAAGAAGAUGAGAAAAGUUAUACAGCUAAAAAGGCUUUUCUCUGGAACUCGGAACGGCUGAAUUCAGUUGCGGAAGCCAUAGCUAUUGAAAAUCACAAAUUGAGAGUAUUGCUCUGCACUUUCGACCCAGAUGAAAAUGUUGAAACUGCCAUUCCUCUAGAAUGGAGAAGGUGGAGAUUGCGGAAAAUGGAGGGCUACGUCGAAACGGAAAUACAAAGAUGUGGGAGACAGAGAUGCGAAGUAAGCCGACUGGAUGGCUAUAACUACCAAUUUAAGUGGAACAAAUUGAACGAUGCAGAAUACUUGAGCCAUAUUUCUGGAGACAAACUUUGCAAAGUUUCGGCCAAAUCUUGGGAAUUUUUUAUUCAAUGUUUCACUCGAAAUCUACAAAUCGCACAAGAAGAGUCCUGUGGACCUUCGGAUAGGUGGAUACAUCUUAUGAUCUGCUCGCACUACUUGAUGUCCGCUCGAGACUCUCGAGAGUAUCGCCAAUUUGUUACCUAUUUCAAACAUCCACAAGAUUUAUGUAUCAUUGAUACGGGCUUCACUUUACAUCAUUAUAUAACGGAGUUGGAGAUCCUGCUCUUCGGCAUUCUUACUGAACUAGAAACAGAAUACCUCAAUCCUGAUGAUGUUCAAGAAAGAACUAAGAAAAGAAAUUCGCAGCAAUCGACGCCAUUAAUCCCUCAAACUCCUAUAGUACAAGAAAGGCAUGAAAGUGUCUCAACUGGGUCGACUCAGUCCAUGGGCAUCGAUGAAUACGGAGUUAUUUUCAAAUGUCAACUCGGUGGCGAGCAAGUUGAUCAUGUAAUGAAGAUUCGAAUGGAUGCAGAGGGUGCGUUGACUUUGGAUUUCGACGAGGAAUUACGUCUUUGGCCCAACACCCUGCAAGCGUUCAGAGAAUUAGAUUUACGACGAGCUUCUAUUUACCCCAAUUAUCUUACCCCUGGAAUUUAUAUGUGUGAUUUAACCUUGGAGAGAAAACUACGUGGACGAUCUAUUAUCACGAGUGGCUGUUUGUUCUUCCAAAGCUCAACAAAUUUGAAGGAGUUUCAAAGGGCACUGACGGGAUACAAGGUCUUAGUAGACUUUCAACGGGGCAUCAAAGUUCGGACCCUUGAAAAGUAUCAAUUUAAAAGCAAAAAUGCGAUUACUGGCAGACUACAAAUUUGGCUCAAAGACUUCAGUAGGGGGAAUGAUUCUACUCAAGUUGGCGCAAGCUCUUCGCUCCGAAGAGCGUCGACAUCUCUCUCAGCCAUGAGUAGGACCACUUUUGCUUCGAUAGCCACGCUGAAGGCACAACAAGCUAUUCCUGGUUCACAUCUAACUACUAUUGACGAAGGCAGUGGCUUACAAAUAGAGAUGCCCGUUCCUCCACUUGUCAUUAUGUUUGUUGAAUCGUCGUCGAGAGAUGGGAAGAUCCAACGAGGACAGAUCCUAGCAUUCAAAUUUGCAGAGCACUCGAAGCUUGACCGAAAAAAAUGCAAGCCUGAUGACAAGUUUCCUCGCUGCUUUGUGCUUCACCCUGUCCGCUGCGACCUUGAAAUCGGACCUUUGAAGUUUCCGCAGAAUUCUAAAGAACUCAGCUGGCUCGAAGUCUCUUUUUCAAAGGAUGAAGAAAGGGAAAUUUUUACGAGACAACUUGAAGAUGCAAGGAAAAUAUACCAUCGACGUACGGAACAACAUAACCAGGGCUUGAAAUUCAUGCAGCAGGGUCGUCAUAACACCAAGGAGUACGGCGUGGAUUAAUAACGACAAAUAGUGUAUAGUUUUUCAUGAUUAAAGAAACCAAGGCGACGGAAUUGGUAGCAUUUGGUGCACCUUGUAUAUACUUUCUGGGUUCAUAAGCCUGUUGUACACUAUGGUUCCACUUAUUGAAAACCACCUCA